GGGCCCUCACGGGGGCGCGCGCGCGCCCAGCCCCGCCCCCACCCCACCCGCCGCCGCCGGCCACGCCCCCUUCCUCACAGGGCGCGUUACCCCCCCCCCGCGCGCGCGGCAGCGGCAGGCCACGCCCCCUUCCUCACAGGGCGCGUUACCCCCCCCCCGCGCGCGCGGCAGCGGCAGGCCACGCCCCCUUCCUCACAGAGCGCGUUACCCCCCCCCCCCCCGCGCGCGGCAGCGGCAGGCCACGCCCCCUUCCUCACAGGGCGCGUUACCUCCCCCCCGCGCGCGCGGCAGCGGCAGGCCACGCCCCCUCCCGCCGCAGGCCACGCCCACACCCUCACUGUCCUAGAGGGCCACAGGCAGAGGCCACGCCCACCGGGCCCUCAGGCCACGCCCACUCCCACCGCAGGCCACGCCCACACCCUCACUGUUAUAGAGCAACAGAGCCAGAGGCCACGCCCACCGGGCCCUCAGGCCACGCCCCCUCCUCCUCUGGCAAGGGAGGGAGGAGGGUGGGCGUGGCCGCAGAGCCCGCCCCCUCCUCUGGGCCCCGCCCACACCGGGGUGUGGUUCUCCCGGAGCUCCGCCCAUAUUUGAGGGGGGGGUCCCUGAAGCUCCGCCCUCUGCUGAAGGGGAGGGGUCACUCAGGCUCCGCCCCCCCUCACUGAGGGGUCACCAGGCCCCGCCCCCACGAAGGGGGAAGGUCACUUAGGCCCCGCCCCCAACCAGGGGGCUUCCCCAGAGCUCCGCCCCCCCCAACCCCGCAGGGGGGGGGUCACCAGGCCCCGCCCCCCUCCCCUCCCCCCCCCCACCCAGGGGUCCCGCCCCUCCCCCCGCACCCGGCGGCCCCUCCCCCCCCCCCCAUGGACAUGCUCGACCCCGGGUUGGACUCAGGCUCCGCCUCUGCCGCCCCCAGCCACGAGAAAAGUCAAGAAACGGAAGAGAGCGUCGAGCUGCAGGAAGGCGAGGCGGCGCCGGGGGAGGAGCCGGGCGCAGGGGCCGGCGGCAGCGUCGCGGCGCCGUUCGGCGACCCGCCGGUGCAGUACCAGUUCCGCACGGAGAGCAACGGGGGGCAGGUGACCUACCGCGUGGUGCAGGUGACGGAGGCGGCCGCUCGAGGCCCCGGCGAGGCCGCCGGCGCCGUCGGCGUCGUCUCCGCCUUCGCCGGCGCCCAGCAGGCCGUGGCCCAGGCCGUGCUCCAGACGCCCUUCAGCAAUGGCGGCAGCCCGGGGGCGGAGCCGGGGGCGGAGCCUCGAUUCGCCUAUUUCCCCGCCGGGGGCGUCGCUGAGGGAGCCGUGUCGGUGCAGGGCGACCCCGCCCUGGCGCCCGCCGGAGGGCAGUUCUACGUCAUGAUGACGCCGCCGGAGGUUCUGCAGCCGGGGCCCCAGCGCAGCAUCGCGCCCCGCACCCACCCCUACUCGCCGAAGCUGGACGGCACGCGGACGCCGCGGGACGAGCGGCGCCGGGCGCAGCACAACGAGGGUGAGCGCGCGUGCGCACACGCGUGUGCGGGGCGUGCGCCGGCCUGCGCCUGCACGCCUCUGCGGUCCCGUGCACACGCGUGUGCACACGUGUCCGGGCCCGAUUCGGCCCCGAUUCGGCCCCGUUUCCUCCCUGUUCUGGCCCGUUUUGGCCUUGUUUUGCCCCGUUCCCCGUCCUGCCCCUUUUUGGCCCCGAUUCGGCCCCGUUUCCUCCCUGUUCUGGCCUGUUUUGGCCUUGUUUUGGCCCCGUUCCCCGUCCUCCCCUUUUUGGCCCCGAUUCGGCCCCGUUUCCUCCCUGUUCUGGCCUGUUUUGGCCUUGUUUUGGCCCCGUUCCUCGUCCUGCCCCUUUUUGCCCCGAUUUGGCCCU